CUAAAGUAAAGAAGCUAAAAUGAAUAUAGCAAUAGCUAUAAUAGUGGCAAUGGUGGCACGAGUUUCAACAGGUUCAGGUUUCACUCCAGUUCCUAAUCAUGGGUACCAGAUCAAGAUGCUGGAUGGGCCUGCCUCUGGUUACUCCCUGACUGCAAAUGAUAAAAGAAAUGUUCACUCCCGCUGGGUACAUACCGAUCUCAAUGAUCAGAGUGCUCGUUGGGGGAUCAUUCUUAAACAACACAACGGUCAAGACUGCUACAACAUCAAGUCUAAAUCUGGUCCUGGUAGUGGCAAGAUGCUGGUUGUGCACAGCGACAAACAAUCUAAUGGAGACGCAAGAGCUAUGGUCCACAGAGCCGCCCCCAACGUUGAUCUUUCAUUCUUAUCUUCUUAUCUUGUGAGGAAAGACGAAUGUUGGAGUAUAGAGACUGUGAGUGUGGUAGGAGGGGUCGGGUACAGGUUUAAGAAGUCUCAGGGUCGCUCGAGAGACACGUACUUGGUCUCCCGAAUUCAGAGGCAAAAUGGGUCCUACUGGGUGGACGUGACGUCAGAUAUGUCUGCUCCGAUCUUGUGGCAGAUUGAUGGUUCGGCUUCUAGUUCUACUUCCAGUGUUGAUGGAGGGUGGAGUGAUUACAGCGACUGGGGUGCUUGCUCAGCAGGUUGUGGAAAAGGGACACAGACCCGGUCCAAAACCUGCAAUAACCCACCUCCAGCCAGCGGUGGAAAAGAUUGUGGUGGUGAAGCAGUUGAAUCGAAGGAUUGCAUGAUUGCUGAAUGCCCUGUUGAUGGAGGGUGGAGUGAUUACAGCGACUGGGGUGCUUGCUCAGCAGGUUGUGGAAAAGGGACACAGACCCGGUCCAAAACCUGCAAUAACCCACCUCCAGCCAGCGGUGGAAAAGAUUGUGGUGGUGAAGCAGUUGAAUCGAAGGAUUGCAUGAUUGCUGAAAGCCCUGUUGAUGGAGGGUGGAGUGAUUACAGCAAAUGGGGUGCUUGCUCAGCAGGUUGUGGAAAAGGGACACAGACCCGGUCCAAAACCUGCAAUAACCCACCUCCAGCCAGAGGUGGAAAAGAUUGUGGUGGUGAAGCAGUUGAAUCGAAGGAAUGCAUGAUUGCUGAAUGCCCUGGUGUCGAGUUACCAGUCGAACGUGACGUGGUAAUAGAGUGGGAUCUUGAGUCGACACCUUUAGAAAUUAAAUCUAAUAGUGAGCUGGGGAGUAACGAUAACGUACUGUAUGUGACCUUCUACUCUGCUUGGGGAAUGUUUGCAGGAGGACUCUGGCUCGACUUAGCCUCUCCACUAUACUCGCUCCAAUUCUGCACAUCCUUCAAAAAGUUCGCUGUUAAUCCCCCCUCUACUGCUGACAAGGUAUGGCGUAUCACUCUAACCAGAACUGCAGGUGUUAGAGUAGUGGUACACUGUAACGAGGUGGAGGUUCUCAACAUACUGCUCUCUGAUCAAUCGUGUACUGAAACUAAGUGGAGCAAGUACUGGAACAGGCUCGUAACAAAGAUAAAGUUCAGGAAGGCCGACUCAGCAUCUGAUUACUACAGAGCACAACCAGUGAAACGACCGUGGAGGUCGAAACGUGAUAGUGAUACAAAGCAAUCUGUGGGUGGGGUGGAGGUUACCAGUGCGACAAGAAAACUGCCUGUUCAUGGUCUUGUAGCGGUGGAAAAUGCUGGAGAGGAUGCAACGGAGCCUCGUGUCCUCACCCGGACGCAGGAUUCUGCUCAGACUGCAUGACGUGGUGUUGGAUCAGUGCCAGUGGUUCUGUUGCCGAUACCGCCACAUGCAGCACUGAUGA